AGGCCGGGGUGGCGCAGCAGUUACUCCGAGCCGAUCCUGAAGCCGUAGUGCCGAGGUGACCCCCUCCACGCAGCCCUCACCACCCCCUCCAUCACCACCACCACCACCACCACCACCACCACCACCCCUUCAUCAAGACAAAACAUGGAGAUGACCACGAGAAGCUGCAUUUUCUUCUUUAUUGUUUCCUCCACAACUCUCCUCCUCCUCCUCCCCGGAAGAUGCGAGGGCGGCCCCAUCUGUUCCUCUCUCAACGAGGUGCUCCCCGAGAUGCUCCAGGCGCCCUGCAGACACGGCGUUGUAAUGGACUGGUGCGGCAACGCCAAGUGUGCUAAGGGGCCCGGGGAGACCUGUGGAGGACGAUGGAAUGCCAAUGGGUCCUGUGGAAAGGGAAUGUACUGUGUGUGUGGCUACUGCGCAGGCUGCUCGCAGGAUCUUCAAUGUGCCCUGGGUAGAUUCUGCUAAGGAACCUCGCCCUGGGUACUCCUACUCCUCCACAUCCUCCUCCUGCUGCUGCUGCGACUGACUUCUGAUUUGCUGUUGUUUCGCUCUCUGUUAUCUCUCUCCCUCCUCCUCCUGCCUUUUUUUUUCGGAUUAAAAACGAUAAACAGGGAUGAGUAACGAAAUGAAGGGUUUUUUUUGGGGGGGCGGGAAAUUGUGAUAAAAGAAAACGAGGAGUUAUGAGUUGGUUCGGAAAAGUGUUCAAUUUCAAAGGGUGUGAUUGGUGAAUAUUAGUAAAAUGCGGGAUAUGUGAAUGAAGUGUAAAUAUUAUACAGUCUUGAAAGAGAAAACUGAAGAAAUGGAGCAAGAUAAAAAGGAACUGUUGAAAAUGAACGAUGAGGGACCGAGGAAAUCAAUGAAAGGAAAGAAGGAAAAAAAGAGUGACAGGUGAAAGUAAAGACGAGGAAUAGAGAAACGAAGAGAAAGAAGGAGAGAAAAGACACAACAAGUGGUCAUAAAUGUAAGGAACUAAGACAGUGAAAGAAGACGAAGGAGAAAAGAAGAGACAGAUGAAAAUUAAAGAAAAUGAAGGGGAAUAAAGAAAAAUUGAGAAUAAAACCGUGAAAGAAGAGAAAAUUAAAGAAAAAGAAUAUAAGAAAAGGGAAAAUGAAUAUGAAAACAAUAAUUUGAUGAUUCUGCUUAUUUUCCUUCCUUAAUUAUUUGUUUUUAUUCUGUUUAUUUCUUCCAUUUUUUUCAAUAUUGGUGGUGCUGUUUGGACUCUUCCCGUUUUUUGUUGUUAUGUCUUCCCGUUUUCGUUCGCCAUAUCUCGCGUUCGUACGUCUCGCUAAUCCCGUUUUCUUUCUUCGUCCAUUAUUAUUAUUAUCAUUAUUAUUAUUAUUAUUAUUAUUAUUGGUUUUUUUUAUCCAUUUAUCUCUUCGUUCUUUCGUUUAUUCCAUAUUUCUACCUGUAUAUUUUGUACGCUUUUGUUGUUAUCAUUGUUAUUAUUUUUGUACUUCUUCCUUUUUAUCAAUGUUUUGUACUCGGUUCUUGAUUUAUCUUUUUUCUCUCUUUUCUUUUACUUUCCCCUUUUUGAGUUACCUUUUCUUCACAUUCGUCAGAGAUCAAAAUAUUUAUGAACAAACUUUACCAUUUAGAAAUAUUACGAUCUCUCUCUCUCUCUCUCUCUCUCUCUCUCUCUCUCUCUCUCUCUCUCUCUCUCUUCCAACGGUGUAUAUUUCCUUACGAUGUCAAGGAUUGCGGUGAAAACUAAGCUGGAUUCUUGCAAAGCUGCUGAUCAGAGAGACUUAAAGAAGAAGAUAAGCUGGAACAAGUUUGGACAAGUUUUGCAAGGGAUAAAGCGAGCUGUGUGUUACGUUUUCUCUACGCAGAGGAAACUAAGAUAAAAAAAGAACAAAAAAGAAAAGGGAAAAGGGAAAAUUUUGUUGUUAUUUAUUCAUUUUUUUUAUUGAUUUUGUUAAUUACGUUUUCUCUGCAGUAGGGAAACUAAAAACAAAGGAUAGAAAGAUGACAAAAAAAAAAACAAUAAUUAAUGAGUUUUUUUCUUUUCUUUUUUUUCUAUCUUUUUUUUUAUUUGUGUUUUCUCGUGUUGUUGUUUUUGUUGUUCGUGUUCCUGUUGUUAUUUUGGUUAUUAUUCUAUUCAUCAUUUGCUUUGACAAUAAUUAAAGACUUGUUAUUAUAUGUCUUUAUUCUCAUGACACUAUUAUUGUUAUCACCAUUAUUGUCAUUUUUAUCAUCGUUAUUAUCGUUGUUAUUGGCAUUAUUAUCAUUGUUAUUCUCAUUAUUACCAUACGUGAGGAACAGCGACCUUAGCUAUUAACUAGAAGGUCAGGUAAGGUCACGCUAGGUCACCGAGUCUGACCUAUCCUAACCUAACUUGACCUAGCACAACUUAACCCAAUCAAAAAUAAGUACAUAAAUAAAUAAAAGGAAAGAAGAAAAGAAAGAAAAAAAAUAUGUAGCUUGGGUAUCUAUUUCUCAUGUUUUAUUAUUAUUAUUAUUAUUAUUAUUAUUAUUUUUAUUAUUAUUAUUAUUAUUGGCGUUGUUAUCUGUGGUGAGCGGCGCGUCAUUGUGAUAAAGAAGUGACUGAGAGGAAGGUUUCAGUAUACGAAAGGCAAUAACUAAUGUGUAAGCUCAUCUUUUUUCAUAAAAUAAACGUUUGUUCCUAA